AAGAAGCUCGCCCCGCUCCCCUUCCCUCCGGAUUUGGACUGGAGGUGCAAGCAAACUGCAAAGAGAGCCUAACAUAGCCCGGCUUCGGGGAGAGGCCGGAACCCUGCCUCCUCUUUGCAAUCAACUUUUUUUGGAAGCCUUUUUUCCCUUUCUUUUUAUUGUUGACCAACCAGUGAGAAAGAGAGAGAAGGAGAGAGAAAGUGAGGAGGGAGCGAGAAAGCCGAGGAUCACAGGGAAAAAUAGCUGCACAGUUCGGCCCGGAGCAGCGGCUGCAAACAGUAGCUCACACUCCCACCAGCGCACACCCGAGGCACAUCCUCCUGCGGCCGCUCGCGGGUCCUCGGGUCCCGGCCCUGGAGCCGCGGGCGCGGACUGGCAGUCGGGUCCAACCCCCGGAGCCGCUGCACAGUGCGCCGCGCCCGCCCCCCUUGCGCCCCCAGGCGCGCCGGGCUGGGGGAUCUCCUCCGCGUUCCCGAAAGGGGCUAUGCCAUUUGGACAUGUAAUGGUCAGCACGGGAUCUGAGACUUGCAAAAAAUGAAGCUGGCGACGGGACUGUGGGUCUGGGUGAGCCUUCUGGUGGCGGCGGGGACUGUCCAGCCCAGCGCUUCUCAGUCAGUGUGUGCAGGAACAGAGAAUAAAUUGAGCUCUCUCUCCGACCUGGAACAGCAGUACCGAGCCUUGCGCAAAUACUAUGAAAACUGUGAGGUAGUCAUGGGCAACCUGGAGAUCACCAGCAUUGAGCACAACCGGGACCUCUCCUUUCUGCGGUCUAUUCGUGAAGUCACAGGCUAUGUGCUGGUGGCCCUCAACCAGUUUCGUUAUCUGCCUUUGGAGAAUUUACGCAUUAUCCGUGGAACAAAACUAUAUGAAGAUCGAUACGCUUUGGCAAUAUUCCUAAACUACAGAAAAGACGGAAACUUUGGACUACAAGAACUUGGAUUAAAAAAUCUGACCGAAAUUCUAAAUGGCGGAGUCUAUGUUGACCAGAAUAAAUUCCUAUGCUAUGCAGACACAAUUCACUGGCAAGAUAUUGUCCGGAAUCCAUGGCCUUCCAACUUGACACUGGUGUCAACAAAUGGAAGCUCAGGAUGUGGACGGUGCCAUAAGUCCUGUACUGGCCGAUGCUGGGGACCCACAGAAUAUCAUUGCCAGACUUUAACAAGGACUGUGUGUGCAGAGCAGUGUGAUGGCAGGUGCUAUGGACCCUACGUCAGUGACUGUUGCCAUCGAGAAUGUGCUGGAGGCUGCUCAGGACCCAAGGACACUGACUGCUUUGCCUGCAUGAAUUUCAAUGACAGUGGAGCAUGUGUUACUCAGUGUCCUCAGACCUUUGUCUACAAUCCAACCACAUUUCAACUGGAGCACAACUUCAAUGCCAAGUACACAUAUGGAGCCUUCUGUGUCAAGAAAUGCCCACAUAACUUUGUGGUAGAUUCCAGUUCUUGUGUUCGUGCUUGUCCUAGUUCCAAGAUGGAAGUAGAAGAAAAUGGGAUUAAAAUGUGUAAACCGUGCACUGAUAUUUGCCCAAAAGCUUGCGAUGGCAUUGGCACUGGAUCAUUGAUGUCAGCCCAGACUGUGGACUCCAGUAAUAUUGACAAAUUCAUAAACUGCACAAAGAUCAAUGGGAAUUUGAUCUUCCUUGUCACUGGUAUUCAUGGGGACCCUUACAAUGCAAUUGAAGCCAUAGAUCCAGAGAAAUUGAAUGUCUUUCGGACUGUCAGAGAAAUAACAGGUUUCCUGAACAUACAGUCAUGGCCCCCAAACAUGACUGACUUCAGUGUUUUCUCCAACCUUGUCACCAUUGGAGGACGAGUGCUCUACAGUGGUCUCUCACUGCUUAUUCUCAAGCAACAAGGCAUCACUUCCCUGCAGUUCCAGUCCCUGAAGGAAAUCAGUGCUGGCAACAUCUACAUCACUGACAACAGCAACCUGUGUUAUUAUCAUACCAUUAAUUGGACAACCCUCUUCAGCACCAUCAACCAGAGAAUAGUGAUCCGAGAUAACAGAAAAGCUGAAAACUGUACUGCUGAAGGGAUGGUUUGCAACCACCUGUGUUCAAGUGAUGGCUGUUGGGGACCUGGGCCAGACCAGUGCCUGUCAUGCCGGCGCUUCAGUCGCGGAAGGAUCUGCAUAGAAUCCUGCAACCUCUAUGAUGGAGAAUUUCGAGAGUUUGAAAACGGCUCCAUCUGUGUAGAGUGUGAUUCCCAGUGUGAGAAGAUGGAAGAUGGUCUUCUCACGUGCCAUGGACCGGGUCCUGACAACUGUACAAAGUGCUCUCAUUUUAAGGAUGGUCCAAACUGCGUGGAAAAAUGUCCAGAUGGCCUACAGGGGGCAAACAGUUUUAUUUUCAAGUAUGCCGAUCAGGAUCGAGAGUGUCACCCAUGCCACCCAAACUGCACCCAAGGGUGUAACGGUCCCACUAGUCAUGACUGCAUUUACUACCCAUGGACGGGCCAUUCCACUUUACCACAACAUGCUAGAACUCCACUGAUUGCAGCCGGAGUCAUUGGUGGGCUCUUCAUCCUGGUCAUCAUGGCUCUGACGUUUGCAGUUUAUGUUAGAAGGAAGAGCAUCAAAAAGAAAAGAGCCUUGAGGAGAUUUUUGGAAACAGAGUUGGUAGAACCCUUGACUCCCAGUGGCACAGCGCCCAAUCAAGCACAGCUUCGCAUUUUGAAAGAAACUGAACUCAAGAGGGUAAAAGUCCUUGGCUCAGGAGCUUUUGGAACCGUUUAUAAAGGUAUUUGGGUACCAGAAGGAGAAACAGUGAAAAUCCCAGUGGCUAUUAAGAUUCUCAAUGAAACAACUGGUCCCAAGGCCAACGUGGAAUUCAUGGAUGAAGCUCUGAUCAUGGCAAGUAUGGAUCAUCCACACCUAGUUCGCUUACUGGGCGUGUGUCUGAGCCCCACCAUCCAGCUGGUCACCCAGCUUAUGCCUCAUGGCUGCCUGCUGGACUAUGUCCAUGAGCACAAGGACAACAUUGGAUCACAGCUGCUGCUGAACUGGUGUGUCCAGAUAGCCAAGGGAAUGAUGUACCUCGAAGAAAGACGGCUUGUUCAUCGAGACCUGGCAGCCCGCAAUGUCUUAGUAAAAUCUCCAAAUCAUGUGAAAAUCACAGAUUUUGGACUAGCCCGACUCUUGGAAGGAGAUGAAAAAGAAUACAAUGCUGAUGGUGGAAAGAUGCCAAUAAAAUGGAUGGCUCUGGAGUGUAUACAUUACAGGAAAUUCACCCAUCAGAGUGAUGUUUGGAGCUAUGGAGUAACUAUAUGGGAACUAAUGACCUUUGGAGGAAAACCCUAUGAUGGAAUUCCAACCCGAGAAAUCCCUGACUUAUUGGAGAAAGGAGAGCGUCUGCCCCAGCCACCUAUCUGCACUAUUGAUGUUUACAUGGUCAUGGUCAAGUGUUGGAUGAUCGAUGCGGACAGUAGACCUAAAUUCAAAGAACUGGCUGCUGAGUUUUCAAGGAUGGCUAGGGACCCUCAAAGAUAUUUAGUCAUUCAGGGUGAUGAUCGUAUGAAGCUUCCCAGUCCAAACGACAGCAAAUUUUUCCAGAAUCUCUUGGAUGAAGAGGAUUUGGAAGACAUGAUGGAUGCUGAAGAAUACCUGGUCCCUCAAGCUUUCAACAUCCCUCCUCCCAUCUACACAUCCAGAGCAAGAAUCGACUCCAAUAGGAGUGAAAUUGGACACAGCCCUCCUCCUGCCUACACCCCCAUGUCGGGAAAUCAGUUUGUAUAUCGAGAUGGGGGCUUUGCUACCGAACAAGGAAUGUCUGUGCCCUACAGAGCCACGACCAGCACCAUCCCAGAAGCUGCAGUUGCCCAGGGUGCAACAGCAGAGAUUUUCGAUGACUCCUGCUGUAAUGGUACCCUCCGCAAGCCAGCUGCACCCCAUGUCCCAGAGGACAGUAGCACCCAAAGGUACAGCGCUGACCCCACAGUAUUUGCCCCAGAACGAAGCCCACGAGGAGAGCUGGAUGAAGAAGGCUACAUGACUCCUAUGCGAGACAAACCCAAACAAGAAUACCUGAAUCCUGUGGAAGAAAACCCUUUUGUGUCACGGAGAAAAAAUGGAGAUCUUCAAGCUUUGGAUAAUCCCGAGUAUCACAAUGCGACCAGUGGUCCGCCCAAGGCGGAGGAUGAAUAUGUGAAGGAGCCGCUGUACCUCAACACCUUCGCCAACGCCUUGGGGAAUGCCGAGUACCUGAAGAACAGCAUUCUGUCUGUUCCGGAGAAGGCCAAGAAAGCAUUUGACAACCCUGACUACUGGAACCACAGCCUGCCACCCCGGAGCACCCUUCAGCACCCAGACUACCUACAGGAGUACAGCACAAAAUAUUUUUAUAAACAGAAUGGACGGAUCCGGCCCAUUGUGGCAGAGAAUCCUGAAUACCUCUCUGAGUUCUCGCUGAAGCCAGGCACUGUGCUGCCCCCUCCGCCCUACAGACACCGGAAUACUGUGGUGUGAGCUCAGCAAGGGUUUUAGGUGGAUACACACACCCACUCCAUUUUCCCACCCCACCCCCUCUUUCUCUGGUGGUCUUCCUUCUACUCCCAAGGCCAGUAGUUUUGACACUUCCCAAUGGAAGACAUAGAGAUGCAAUGAUAGUUAUGUGCUUACCUAACUUGAAAAAUAGAAGGAAGGACUGAAAGAGAAAGAUAGGAGGAACCACACUGUUUCUUCAUUUCUGCACAUGAGUUGGUCAGCAGAAUGCCUGUGAGAGCUAGAAAAGGACCAGAAAAAAUAAGGCGAUUCUACCUUCAACUUCCUUCCUUUUUCUUUUCUCUCUUUCUCUCUCUCUCUCUCUCUCUCUCUCUCUCUCUCUCUCUCUCUCUCUCUCCCCCCCAUGAUUGAAACCCCAGGAUCAGUUCCCAUCUGCAGUAAUUGAUAUGUGCGUAGUCAAGAUCACUGGAAAUAAUGCGAAAGCUACCAUUAGAACAAAAGGAUAAGCAUUUGGAAACAUUCCCUAGUAACUGAGAUUGAGAAACCAAUUUCUUUCUAUCUUGGCAAGUAAGAAUGGCCAACCCAGCUUUUAUAAUUUUUAAAUCUCCAUCGUAAUUAUAAUUAGUAAUUAUGUUUGGAAGGCAUAUUUGCUUUUUCAUUUGGGUUCGCUUUGGCCUGUUUCUCAUAUUAGCUAUUCCCCCUCAUUUGGCUAUUGUUUCUAGUUGCAAAGAUACUUACAUAAAAGUUUGACAGAAUUGUAACAAAAAAAAAAUGUGAUCUAAAAGUCAUUAUUCUAAAUUAUGCAAUCUUUAAAAUUAGAAGAGAAAGCCAAGAUAUUAGCAUAAAAAUCCACAUUUCAUGUCUCAAACUAUUGAAUUUAUCCUCCCCUGUCAUUUACAUUCUUCAACAUUUUCUUCUUCUCCUAAAAUGACAGUCUUUGAUGAGCAGUUGAUCAUUUUAAUAGUAGGGAAGCUAAGAAACAGUUCUGUGUGGUUUAAGAAAACUACUGACACUUUCAGGGGUGGUCCCAUGGGGGGAUCCAUACAGUGGAAGAAACAUACUGGAUUGGGUAUGUCCACCUGGCAGGUACUCAGAAAUGUAGUUUGCACUUAAGCUCUAAUUUUAUUUGUUCUUUUUCUGAACUCCAUUUUGGAUUUUGAAUGAAGCAAUAUGGAAGCAACCAGCAUAUUAACUAAUUUAAGUACAUUUUUUUAAAAGGAUGUAAAAUAAAGACAGACUAUGGAAAUGCCAAACUAAGCCAAUUCGGACUUUGGAACAGUAACCAGGGAUUAUGGUGAGAGAGCCAGCACAUUUAUCUACAUAUGGUUAGGACAUUUGCUACAUAAGGAAGUCUGUUCAGUUUGUAUUCUCUGUGUAAAGGAAUGCAAGUUAUGGGCAGGCUUGAAUUCUGUGGGAUUUCUAGAAUGAGAGUAUUUAUAUCCAGUAGAAGGUAACUCUUUGCACAUAAAUUGGUAUAAUUAAAAGAAAACCACAAACAUUCAAAAUAUAUAAAUAGGUCAGCCUUUAAAGUUGUAAAUAAACAUGAAAAAUCUCAUGCAACUAUUUUAUCAUCAAAUGCAUUAGUUUUUUAAUAAUUUAUGUAAUGAUUCUCUCUUCACAUACUGCAUCCUAGCUGAAGAACCAUCUCUCUAUUAGGUUUGAUUUUAAAAGAACACCUAUGGAGUUGAGUCAUGGGAACAAACGAAAGAACUGAACUUCUAGGAAAUAAGGAAAGCUAGAUGUGUCUCUCUCUUGUCUACAAAAUUAUUCUCCAAGAUAUUUAGUUCUAAAAAAUUACUUCUUUAUACUAAAGUAUUGGGCCAAAAUUAUAUUCGACAUCCUAAAAAUAUUCCAUCAGACUAAAAUUCUCCAUUGGUAAAGCAGAGAGAGUUUAGGGAAAAAGGUUGUUCAAGGAAAUUUAUGUUUCCACCUAUUUUGAAAAAAUAAAUCCAUCCAUGCAAACUUAGAUUUAUUCAAUUGAUAUUUAUUUAAAGUCUGCUGAGGUGUAUGGGGGGGGGGAAUAGCCCAAUAAAUGAAAUAUCAUCCCUGACUUCAAAUUCUAAGAGUCUAGAUUUAUUUGGAAUGACAUUUAAACUUCUCUGUAAGUCCAAGGAAUCAGAUUGCAUGAAUUAUUUUGUGAAUGGCAUCAUAGAACAGGUUUCUAGUAAAUGAGCUUCUGUGAACUCAGAAUAUAAAUUGCACAUCCUUCAAAUUUCUGAAGUUGACAAAUAGGACCAAUUUGAUGUUUUCUUUUAGAAACUAACUGGUCCAGAAAGACUGCAUCACUGGCAAACUGUUAUAUCUGGAGUCUAACUUCACCAUGAAACCAGCAGCAGGUGGGGACUCUUAGCCAAAAUCCUUGGAAAUAUCAGGGUUGGUCUGAAAGAGUGGGAGUAGAAAAAGGAGAAACACUUGCGACAUCUUAUCUAGUGAAAUUCAACCAUGACCUUCUGAGGGAUGAAGACAUGGAAUGAUCCAGGGGCCUCAUAGCCUAAAGCUCUCCAGCCCAAUUCAGAGGCAUCUGUAAGAAAAGGGACUUCAUAUCACUAUCUGUGAAGAUUUGAAAAUAAGUCUUUCUUCAUAGAUAAAUCUGCAACUAACUUUUACUGGCAGCACAUUUGGAAUACUCAUGACUUUUUCUGUUCACUUACAAUAUUCAUAUGCCUCCUACUGAGAUUUAGAAAGCUUACUUGUUUAAUAUGUAGAAAAAAAAAGGUAAUCUUUUAACUCUUAAAGUAACAUAAACAUAUUCAGUGAAUUUGUUUCCUUCUUCCCUAAAGGCACAUGGUUUACGGUUCAGAUAAUCGCCCUCCAAUCUAGAGAUGGAAGCAAGUGUAAUCAGAAUGACCCCAGUGCUACUGUAGCAUUCCUGGUUUAUGAUUUUUCUAGUAUAUUCUGGAUUUCAGUUGUUUGGGAAUUUCUUUUUUAAAUCUUAGAGUCUUAGGAAAAAACCUUUAAGACUAUAUUAGAGGGACAAAGAGUGUGGAAAAAAGAAAAGAUUUCAUUUACUGAAGAGAAUAACUUGUUUAACCCAGUAGACUGAAAUUUUAGAAUGCCAGUUAAACCUCAUAAAUCACUAUGUAAUACAAGAUGCUUGGGGUCAGCAGCACCAAUAGAAAUCUGCAGAAUAAAUUUGUAAGACUGAGAAAAUUUAAUUCUAAAAUUAAACUGACUAUAGUUUUAAAAUUAUCAAAUUAUAAUUAUGCUUAUCUUGGGGAAUCCUAUUUUCAGUCAUGGAAAAAUGUUCAGGUAAAAUCAUUGCUUAAAAAGUAGUUCUUAAACAGAUAAGAAAAGAUGCUAAAUCAAAAUAGAACCAGAGCCCACAAAGAUUCUGUAACACAGAGCGAUGCUGAGAUAACAGAGAAAUUCUUGGUGUUCUGUAUGAUAUCAGUAGCACAGGGUAGGAUAAGGUCCUCUCUCUACAUGCUUUCCUGAAAUAUUAUGAAAAUAGAGCAGAUUUCAAACUAUUAAAACACACAACUAAAAAUGAAAGACUUACUAAAUAAGAGACUUACUUGCUUUACAGUAAGGAAGACUAAUUCUAACUUGGAGGAAGAAAUAGGGGAAGUCUAAGAGUUAUAUUGUAUGUGCCAAUACCUUCUGAGAAUGUCACAUAAGGCCAGUGCUGAGGACAGGUUGGUAGAGGGCUGUGAGGGUUUGCUGCUGGAUGAAUUUGGAAGGAUGGUCAAUAUACUUCCUGAAGUGUCAAAACUGAAAAGAAAAACAAAUUGUUUAUGGCUGAGAGGGAAGGAUGUAAAUACAACAUUUUUUUUUCAAACUGUCUAACCUUUAUUUAAAAACUAGAAUUAUUUAUCCAUCUGUAAUUAUUAAUUAUUUAACUAGAAUAUGUAGUUCAUAAGGUAAUAGAAAAGGUGAUCAUGAAAGCAUGUGUUCAACUCGGCAGAAUCAUGAUACUGUUGUAGGACGUAGAUUUAGUUAGGUUAUCAAAUGUUAAAUGAUCUUAAUAUUAAAUAAAUCAAACUAGAGAACUAACCACAAGGUAUAACUUAACAAAAUAAAAUUCAGGAUAUGAAAAUAUAGGAUGGAUUUUGCAUAGAAAAUAGAAAUAAGUUAGCCAUUUAAAAUGGUUACUGGUUGGGUUUAGCUGAAAGUAGACACACGUGGCUUCAGUUAUGAAAAUUUGCUUAAAAGCACUGCAGUUAAUUCCAACUCAUUUCUUUAUUGUGUUUUAAAUGUAUUAAGUGUAAAGCAAUUUUUAUAUCUUUGACUUUAUUUUGCAAACAUCACUUUGUAGUGUUUAACAGGCAAAUAAAUUACAUGUGAGUUUAAGAGGUCUUCAAAACAAAGUAAAGGAAGUGAAAAGGAUC